AUGAGACCUCGCGAUAGUAUAGUGCUGGUCCCGGGACCAUUUCUGUGGAUAGUUUGGAGUGCAUUGUUUGCAUCGACACUACCGAAGAUCGAUAGCUUCGUAGGAUUACCACUGUCGACAAAGCCGGCACGACUCUGGCCACUGCUACUACAACUCCCCAAUACGCCCCCACCCACCAUAGGACGAGUCGUACCGGGUGUGCAGUGUGACCGGCCUUGCACUACCGAUGGACCACCGCUAACAUGCCACUUUCACUGGAAGUUGGAAAACUUCGCCACCAUGGGAUCAUCCUGCGGGCACUGUUGGCUCGGCAUCCGGAAGCACUGCUUCCAUCGGCAGUGCAUCACAGCGAACGGGAUGGAGCGCGGUGUUUACACCAUCAACCGACGCAUCCCGGGACCGGCGAUACAUGUCUGCAAGCACGACAUCAUCGUGGUGGACGUUGAGAACGAGCUCGAGGGUCUCGGGUCGACGAUCCACUGGCACGGUUUCCAUCAGAAGGACAGUCCCUGGAUGGAUGGUGUGCCGAUGGUGACCCAAUGCCCGAUAGCGCAGGGUACCGUCUUUCGCUAUCGCUUCACAGCGGAGGAAGCCGGCACACAGUUCUACCACUCGCACUCCGGCUUUCAGAAGGCGAACGGACACUACGGUAUGGUGGUCGUGCGCGACCCGGAUGAUCUCAAUCGGAAACACUAUGACUACGAUCUGUCCGAGCAUCGGAUCAUCAUCGCGGACUGGACGCUAGACAUGGUGGAAAAGUGGGUACCGGGCAUCUCCACCGAGUCGAUGCGCGUCGACUCCAUCCUCAUCAAUGGCCGCGGGCGGUACUUUAAUGAAACGACCGGUACUCGAGCGAAUGCCCCGUUAACGGUGUACCAGGUGGAAUAUGGCAAACGGUACCGCUUUCGGUUGGUCAGCAGCGGUAGCCAGUACUGUCCGUUCCAGCUGCAGAUCCAAAAUCACAGUAUGUUGAUCAUCUCCACCGAUGGGGGAACAGUGCAGCCACAGCACACCGUAGACACGCUGUUGUCCAUCUCCGGCGAACGAUACGAUUUCGUCCUCACAGCCAACCAACCGCCGGGCCAUUACUGGGUACGUGUCCGAGGGGUCGGUUUCUGCGAUCCAAUGCGCGUGGAAGAUUUUGCCGUCUUGUCCUACCGCACAACGGUGUCGUCCAUCCCGGACGGUGAGCUGACGGUAGAGCAAACGUUGGCCUUCCCGGAGGCAUCGCUACCGGCGUACGAUGACCCAUACCCGGAGGGUAUCGUAUUUAACCACCAAACCGCACCCUGCUACACCCCGAACGACACGUACAUCUGUGCCGCGGAUCUGGAAUCGUACGAGGUGUUCCGGGACGAUGCACUCAUCGACGCCGUACCGGAUCAUACGUUUUUCCUUGGGUUUCAUGUUAUCAGAGCGAACAAUAGCUUGCUGUUCUCGGAUCAUGGUUCUAGCCAUUUCGCAACCGUCCAAGAUGAUUUCAACACGAUCGGUGCAACGAACAUGAUCAGCUUUGUGCCACCGACCUUCCCGCUGCUGAUCCAACCCGAGCUGAUAGUCAACGAGAGUGCACAGUUUUGCAACGUUAGUCACAAACCGGCCCACUGCACCGAUGACCGUUUGUGCUUUUGCACACACCGCAUAAAGGUGAAACACAACGAUGUUAUCGAGAUCGUACUGCACGAUACGGCCAAGGUGCAACAACAGUUCUACCAUCCAUUCCAUCUCCACGGGCAUCGAUUUAUAGUGACCGAUUCUGGUCGCUUUCCGAGCGACAUCCUUACGGAUCAGAUAGCAUACCUGCAGAAUCUUCGUGCCGUUCGGCGACCAAACGCACACAGCCCACCGUACAAGGAUACGAUGUCCAUACCGAACCGGGGCUACGUUCGGGUGCGGUUCCGUGCGGACAACCCUGGCUUCUGGCUGGUUCACUGUCACUUUGAAUGGCAUCUUGCCAACGGUAUGGGGCUGGUGCUGCAGAUUGGUGAACCGGACGAAAUGCUCAAACCGCCGGCCAAUUUCCCCCGCUGCGGUAGCUAUCAACCACCGCUGGAGGGAGCCGAUCAGGCAAGGCAUUAG